CCAAAUGUUUAAAUUAGAAGAUAAUUAGAGAUAAAACCUCAUCUUCCCCAUUAUCAAACCCUAGCGCACACAGAGAGAGUAGAAAUGGAGAAAUACUUUGGAAACGCAUACAGAGGAGAUCCAGGGGUUCCACACUCGGGUCAAGAGAAGUUCCUCAGUAUAUGGAUCGGGUCAAUCGCAUUCUCCGCCAUCACGUGGUCGCAUCCAUACAUUUGGCAACUCUCCAAUCGAUACAAUUGGCAUGAUCACGCCAUGCUGUUUGAGCAGUACCAUUGGAAGAAGGCACUGCAGAAGAAACAGAAAUACAAAUUCUCGUGGAACGAGAACUGGAGCAGAGCAGCACGUGAUUCGUAUUACUUCAACUGGCCGGUUUACUUCCCUUAAGGUUUUCUUUUCUUGUAGCAAAAGAAGUCGAAAUCAUUUAGUAAUAUGGUCUGGACUCUGUUGUAAACCAUAAGAGACUGCUCUGGCCUCUCCUCGUUUGCUAAUAUAUAUGAACCCGAUAGCUGCAUGCACGCAGUACAUAAAAUGAUGAUGUUUUGAGUUUUGAUCCUCUCA